ACGCGAGGUUGAAACUACUGCGCUUGUUCCCUCCAGAGCUCAUUCUUGCCGACCAUGGCUGACCAGUACAGUAUGUUUCUGACCACGGCACCCCCUCUCCGACGAGGAAGCACACCCCUUCCUGUCAAGCACCAGCUGCGGAGAGAAGAGGCUGUAUCUGAGGACUGUGAUUGGAUCCCAGGAUUGGAGGAACCUGGUACAUUGCCUAUCAGUGACACAACAUUGCCUCGUGACGAAUCCUUCUGUCAAACGUCAGCACCCCAGCCAGCCUACCACAGUCAUGGAGGUGUGCUGAAGAUUGUGCUACUGGGACAGAAUGGCGUGGGGAAGUCGUCACUGGCCUUGUCACUGGCUGGCCAGUCGGACCGAUCCCUCUCUGUAGACUCUGAGACCCAAGCAUGUGGCGAGGGCUACGAGUGUACAGUCACAGUUGACGACGAAGACAGUAAAGUCAUCAUUUUUGACAAUUGGAAACAGGACCUGUCCACUCUACAGUGUGAUGUGUGUAUCCUGGUCUUCUCCGUGACUGACAGGCGCAGCUUCCAUCGCACCGCACAGCUCCGUCUUCUCCUCAGGGAGUCCCAGCCUCACACGCCAAUCAUCCUGGUGGGCAACAAGAGCGACCUUGUUCGCUCUCGUGAAAUCAGCACUGAGGAGGCCCAAUCCAGUGCCAUGAUGUUCGACUGCCACUAUCUGGAGCUCUCAGCCUCCCUGGAACACGGCACCAACGAGCUGCUUGAGGCGGCCGUUCGGGCUGCGAGGGGGGACUGUGUUGGGCCCAACUGGACAGACGGCGACCCUAGUUCAGGCCGAAGGGAAAGUCUGACCAGCCGGGCCAAACGCUUUCUGGCGGGGCUGGUGCCACGCUCCUACGGACGAGAGCGUGACAGGGGACGCUACCGAGAGAUGAGCCGCCACCGAGGCAGCAAGAUCCUUCGCCAGAAGUCUCGCUCCUGCCACGACCUCAGCGCACUGUGACAUACGUACAUGCAUACAGGCUCAAAACACACUCCCACACAUGUAGACACACCAAAAUGCCAGAUGGGGAGGUGUGAAAUAUCAAAGGGAAGAUGAAAAAUGGGAGCAGGAGGUAGAUAGGGAGGGCACAAAUGCAGAGCCAGAUAGAUGCAGAAGAUAUUUUUUCAGGCUGAGGCUGAGGGGGGCCACGUGCCACAGGUCCUGUCAUUUGGAGAUAAAGCAUUUCAUUUAAAGGGGUGCUGAUGAAUAAAAAUACCCAAAAUGGUACACAGGUGGCUGAACAGAUUUUACGGAUGAACGUAAUCUUGAACCAUCAUAAACAAAACCCAAAUCAGAAACUGUUGCAACAGUAUGAUGUCAUUAGUUGAGAUGCAUACAAUAAUUGCUAUUUACUUUUGACUUUUAUUUCACACAGAACAAUCUAAUUGUACAUUUCAUAUUUCACACUAAGAUUUUUUUUAUUUUAAACUUAAUUUUAUUUUUUUUGUGUGUUUCUUUUUAAUUCAGCCUAUAUCUUACAAAGAACUUGUAUUUGCAAAUUUUCAGGGAUUGAAGACAAGUUGCAAAGUAUUUCAAGUGUGAAUACUUUUUUUCUUUUCAUCAGGACCACAGCCAUACAGGAUCUUUACAGUAUUUACAAACGAUUAAUCCAUAUUGUUAUUGCGUCAGUACUGCACAUUGAAAAACAUUUCUGUCCCAACUUUUUCUGAUUUGAGGCUCAACCAAGGACAGAAUGACAUUACCAACCAAUAAAUUGCAGAGCUCAGUUUAGCAAAUGCUCAAACCUAGCGGAAGGUGCGCAAAGACGAAAAAAAGAACAGAAAGACAGGUAGGAAGGGGGGGGGGGUGGAUGUCACAAAUAGACACAGUCAAGUAGCACGCACAGAUUAUGUAGGCUGAUAGCAACCUCAUGUAAACAUUUUAUGGAUCCUGUUUUAUAGCAUGCUCAGUAGACAGCUGGUCCUCUAGGUUAAUGGAUUUAUUGUACCUCACCAGCCAAUAGAUAAUGCACAAUCUAGCUAGUAAAACCAUCGCAAAGGCAAGACCCUUUAUUCCCCGUCAAUGUGUUUGUAUCCCUCUUUACAUCCUCUGUUUCUGUUCCUUUUACCGCAUUGAAAAAGUGUUCAUUAUCGUCAGGCACAACAUGUUCUUUUCAUCUGUCAUUCUUGCCCAAGCCAUAUGCUUACUGAUUGGACCAUAAGCAAUCAGCACAGAGAACCCUUUACUGCAAGAAGUGGAGUCACGAGUGGAGGCAAAAAAUGAAGGUCAAAAAGGGUUUAGGAAAUAAAUAAAACUGAGCUUUCAGUGAGGUGUGACACAAAACGUUUAGCUUGAUCACAGACAUGAAGAAAAAAAAAAGAUCAAACCUGAACUACCUGUGGAUAUUUGAUGUAUUUUGUGUUUCUGUUUCCAUUCACCGGCAUAACUAUUGUGUACACAGACUGGAUGCUGGGGGGGGGCAGCCAGCCAGUGGUGACCCAGACAAUGAUGUCCCAGAAACCAUAUGUCACAUGUGUUGCAUCACCGACACGGGUCCACUUAUUUUUCACAAUCUGCGAAGC